CCCAACCUCUUGAUACUGUAUUGAAAUUUCAAAUUUGCGGAAUAUGACCUUGUAAUUUUACAUAUUAUGUGAUUGUGCCCCAAAACAAUGAUUGUUAUUGCAAUCCAGAACUACAAAGGAGAGAUUAUUUGAAUGCAUGCUUGUAUUAGUGGCUUGAAGAUGGUGAUAGGAUGCAGUAUACCUCUUGAGAAAUACAGUGAGUGUCUAGUAAUAUGAUAAUAUUUUAAGAAAACUCAAAAAUAGUUACUAGAUUGUUUCGAUAGAAGAUACUAUAUUGUUCGUCCCAUUUCAGAUUCCAAUUGUAUCCUGUACAUGUAAGACUAGAUGCCAGAAAUGUUCGAGUUCAAAAUAAAAAUGCAUUUUUUAGGUUUUGAAGUAGGUACACCAAGGGAAUAGACAUACCAAAAUCAUCACUAGCUGUUAAUGCUGUCUAGGGUUCAUAGCAAUUCAAUCAUUGUCCUUAGGGAUUAAAAUAAUGCAGCUUUGUGGUGCCUUCACCAUUACAUUAUGGUGAAAGAAAAACAUAUACAGAGUGUUAGAAAAGUACCCAAAAGCUGACAGGGGGUAAAAUGGCCACUUAUAAAGAAUCAAUUGACUAUAUCAAUUUUAAACCCUAGAAAUAAAUUGUUAGCAGCAAAAACAUACAUUAGGUAAAUUACACAUACAUAAUAAUAUGCUACAUUUUUACCUCAUAUGAACUGACAGCGACAAGGAAAAUCAUAAAAUUUUGUAUGGGACCAAACACACUGGACUCGUGACAAUAACCACCAUAAUCAGGAAGUGAACAUAGCCAUGAAAAGAAUUCAUAAACGUAAUACAAGCUGCCAUUUUCUUUUGUAGGAAUGUAAUGCUUUUUGUAAUUCUAAAAUCUCAAGUGCUGCGAGUGGUUCCAAACUUUGAAUCCUGAGUGUAAGCGAGAGUACCAAGAGUACCAAAACAGCUCAAGAUUGAAAAUCUUUGAGCUCAACUGUAAUAUGAAAUGCUCAGGCGGCGGCUAGAGAUGGGGCGCGGCGCUCGCUGGCGCGUGGCGGCGGCGCUGCUGGCGGGCGCGCUGCUGGUGUGGCUGUGGCGCGGCGGCGCGCGGCCCGCGAGGGCGCAGCGCCGGCGCGAGCUGGACGAGCCGGUGGAGGGCCGCGAGCUGCCGCUCAUCUUCAUCGGCGGCGUGCCGCUCGGCACCACGCUGAUGCGCGCCAUGCUGGACGCGCACCCCGACGUGCGCUGCGGACAGGAGACGCGAGUGGUGCCGCGCAUUCUGCAGAUGCGCCAGCACUGGAUGCGCUCGCAGAAGGAGAGCGUGCGCCUGGAGCAGGCGGGUGUCUCUAAAGCGGUGCUGGACAACGCCAUCGCCGCCUUUUGCUUGGAAGUGAUCGUGAGGCACGGGGACACGGCGCCGCGGCUCUGCAACAAGGAUCCGCUCGUGCUCAAGAUGGGCACCUACGUGCUGGAACUGUUCCCUAACGCUAAGUUCUUGUUCAUGGUGCGCGACGGCCGCGCUACAGUGCACUCUAUCAUCACUCGCAAGGUGACGAUCACGGGAUUCGACCUGACGAGCUACCGGCAGUGCCUGACCAAGUGGAACCACGCGGUGGAGCUGAUGUACCAGCAGUGCAAGACGAUGGGCCCGGACAAGUGCCUGGUGGUGCGCUACGAGGCGCUGGUGCUGCGGCCGCGCGCCACGCUGCGCCGCGUGCUGGCCUUCCUGCAGCUGCCGUGGCACGACGCCGUGCUGCACCACGAGCGCUACAUCAACCAGCCCAACGGCGUCGCGCUCUCCAAUGUGGAGCGCUCGUCGGACCAGGUGGUGCGGCCGGUGAACCUGGACGCGCUGGACAAGUGGGUGGGGCAGAUCCCGGCCGACGUGCGCGCCGACAUGGCGGAGCUGGCGCCCAUGCUGUCGGUGCUGGGCUGACCCUGGGCCAACCCGCCGCUACGAGGCCACGGCCGACGCCGCCACCGAGCGCCGCCCGCCCUAGCCGCGCCCGCUCCCACACCUACCAACGCGCAAUAAACGAUAACACCAAA